AUGGAAAAUGAAGAAAAUGCAAACCACCAAAUUUUUUUUUGCGACACAAUUACUAGCAUAAAUCGUCUCACAGGAAAUGAAUUUUAUUUCUAUUCUAACGAUGAUGCGGAUAUAUAUAGGAAAAAAAAAUGCAAUGAAUUGCAAAUAGGUGAAGCGAACACAGGUGACCACAGUGAAUUGCAACCCUUAAUUAUAAAUGAUGGAGACAUCAAAAGGAACAAACUGAAGAAUCAAAAGCAGAGUGAAAUACAAACGGGAAAAAAAAAACAAUGUAAGGUUAGUAAAAAAGAGCAAGGAGACACAAGUAAUUACUUCUCUAGCGAAAGAACAAUUAAUGAACACGUAUAUGAGGAAAGAGAAAGAUUAGUCUUUGAACAAGAAUUUAACAAAGUGCACGACAUGUAUAAUGUCGAAGAAAUUAUGAAAAUCAUAAAUAAAUUAAAUUCCAUAAGAAAAGAAAUUGAAACUGUAAUAUAUAAAAAGUUAGAAAAAAAAUACAGUGAAUUUCUUACAGCUUCAGACAAAAUUAAAGAUAUAGAAAUGUUCAUAAAAAAUAUUAAUGACUUAGUAGUGGAAAAUACUAGAGAGCUAAAACUUCUGCAAGACAAAAAAUAUAGACAAAGUUUAAACAUAAUAAAUCUUGUUACUAAAAAAAAAAAAUUCCAAAAAAUUAAUUUAGUUAUAUUAACUAUAUAUAUUAUAUAUAUAUGUGAUAGACUAAUAUUUAAAAGUAUCUUAAAAAAAGACUAUGAAUAUGCUUCCUUGGUAUAUUUUGAGUUAGUCAAUUUUAUAAAAGCAAAUGCCAAAUACCUUGACAAAAUUAAUUGUAUACUUCAUUUAAAGGAAAAAAUUAUGCUAGAAUAUUUUGACAGAUUAAAGCAAAAAAAUCAAACAAGUUUUGUCGAGUUCUUAUUUUCAAACAAUACAAACAAAAAUUUUGAAGUGCAAUUAAAAAACUCCUUCAAAAUUUAUUACUUGCUUUUUAAAAGCAAGCCUUCGAAUUUUAUCGAAAAUUUGUUAGCCUUUAUAUACCAGUGUUUUCGAAAAAUCUCAAAACAAGUCAUUUUUUCCUUCUUAAUUGUAAUCAAGAAGAGUGGAAGUAGAGACAAACAAAAGAAGGAAGAAAAAAAAAAAGAAAAUCUGAUAGAUGCAAAAAAAGUAGCAGAAAAUACCAAACAGCAGAAAGGGGCAGAAAAUGGCAACUACUCCACACAAGACUUUGAUAAAAAAAAUUCAUUUUACAAAGAAGACAUAAAAAAAACAGUUGACACUUAUGAAUUAAAAACAAAUGGUUCGUGUGAACAUAGCCCAAAUGAUACCCCAUCAUUGUAUGAAAAUUGUAUGUAUGAAGAUAUAAAUAAUAAGAGUUCAAAUCAAAGAAAAAAUAUAGUGCAAAAUGUAAACCUUAAAAAAAACGAAGGAACAUCUCGUCUUAUAGCAAAUGUUGAUGAUUCUUCCUCCCCAAGAGAUACUAACAUAAGUGAUGUGACUAACCCUGGAUAUGAAAAUAGAGACAAAUUAAAAAUGAUAGGAAAUAAAACGAUAAAUAACAAUUUAUCAUCAACUUUGAAUAACCCAAAUGAUACAUUCGAAAUUGAUAUAAACCACAUUCAAGAAGAAGCAAACUUUUUGUUUAUUCCUCUCAAUGAAUUGGCGCAAAAAUUAAACGAGAAAAACUGUUUGACUUCUCUUCUUAAAAUUUACGAAAUUGUGUUUGAUGUGAUGAAAAAAUAUGACUCCAUCAUCAUUUAUUUAUUAAAUUAUAAAAAAAAAGAACCAUCUAAGGGAGAUUCAAGAGGGUUAAAAAAAGAGGACACAUCACUUAAUCACAAUAGCAGGGAUUCUUCAGUAGGUGACGACACCUUCCAAUUUUCUAAGUAUCACAAUAAUAGGGGAAGUAUAGUCCUUGAAAAUGAACCGUUCGAUGAAAUUGGUAAGAUGGACAAGAAUGAUCCGGAGGGUGAAAAUUUAUAUAAGUACAACUUUCAGUCAAACGAAACACAUAUCUUGGAUGAUACAAACUGGGAAGAGAAUCUCCCCCAAUAUGUUGAUCAUAGAAACAGUUUUAGAUUCUACGACAUGCUAAACGAAUAUAAAAACGAAAAAUACCAUUCGAUAAUCUCGAAAUACUAUCAAAUAAAUGAUGGUAGUAGUUAUUCUCCCCUAAUAAAAUAUUUUGUAAAAAAUGUAGACAUAGAAAAUAGCACCUACGCAGAGUAUUCUUUAAAAAUUCAAGAACGAGUUGAAUCAUAUUUAAAAAACAGAAAUAUCCAAUAUGAUAAUUCAGAGACGUACAGAAAAUUUGCUCUAGAUAAUGCGAACAAAUUGAUAAGUGCUAAAAAUAAGUUUUUAAAAAAUAUAGAGAAAGUGAUAAAAACGAUUAUCGAACAUAUUAGAUUUGACAAUUUCAAUUUUCAUUAUAUUUUUCGAUUUGCAAUCGUUACUAUUAUUUUUUGUGUUAAUUCAUUUCUUUUUGAGAAUAACUGCUCGAAUAGUCGAAUCUACCACUUGAAAAAAGGUGAAUGGAGAGGAAUUUGUUCAACUGAAAUGUGUAACGAAAAGGAUAGCCAAAAUGAGGAUGAAAAAAAAGAAGAGUCACCAACACUGCGCAACGAAGCGGAAAGUCACGAAUGUUUAGCGGAAAACCAUCAAACAGAUAAAAAAACAGAAACAAAGAAAUUAAUUCAUGAAAGUGUUCAGACCAAAAUAAAAAGCACAACAAAGUCAAGUAUAAACUCAAAUUUUUACGGAUACAAGGGGAAAAAUAAUUUCACAAAAUUGGUCAAAAGUGUGAAUAUACAAUCUCGACACAGUAGCGCAGAAAGAACAUACAAAAGUGAAACACCUAUCCAAGAUAACGAGUUGAACAUGAAAAACUAUCAGACAAAGAAUGAUUAUCAAUCGAAAAUGGAAGAAACGUGCAUGGAAUAUUUUCUGAGUGAAAAUGCUCCAAUUCUUCUAGUAGAGGAGAAAAGAACGGAAUUCUUCCACAAUUUGCUUAAAAAUAAUUCUAUUUUUGAAGAAAUGGAAAAUAAAAUUAAAGAUAAUCUUCACCAUUUUUUUUAUCAUAAUGGGAAAAAAUUAAAUGACUCCAUUAAUAAAGACAACUGGGUUCGGGUACCUGUAAAAAUAAAUCAAUGCAUUUUUAAAAAGAAGUUUCAUUUUUUUCAUAUAAUAUCGUUUUAUAAGAAGACUUUUUAUGAUUUUUUGAAUUCCCCUAUUUCGGAAAACCCCCUAGUUAAUCUUAAUCUCAAAAAGUUAGAAGAGGAGUUGUGCUCUGAAGAGGAAAUAUCCGAACAUGUGAAUAUAGGGUUAGUCACAAAUUUGGGAGGGUCAAAAUUCAGUAACGAAGGGGCUAUUGAACCCAAUUGGGGUAAAUAUACCAAGUCUGACUUUGAUACAGCCCAAGUGCGUAAAGAAACAAACAAUCUCUACUAUGACAAAACGUGCGUAGAGACAAAUCUUAAGAAAACAAAAAACAUGAUAAACAAUAAGGAGAUGUUCGAAAUUGUUAACUUUGAUAUUGUUUUAUCAAACAGUAGCAACAUGCUUACAUGUUCGCUACAGAAUUAUUUAAUGUUUAAAGAAUUAUUCCCCAACUUGAAAGACAUAAUAAACCAAUACAUUUUCAAAAUCAUCGAUUUUUACAUGUACGUGUUGUGCUCCUAUUUUAUGAAAAGAGAAACAAUGGAAGAACUUCUAAUAGAUUUAAAAAAAUACAACGACAGACUAGGCAUAAAUAACAUAUUUUUUAUUAUAAAAAAACAAGAAAAAUAUAAACAGUUAUACAAUUUUUUAAUUUUUUAUAAUGAAGAAAUUAAAAAAAAUGCAGAUAAUUAUCAUUUUCUGUAUGUUCAAAAAAAUCCUCAUCGUUUUUUCCAAAGUAAAUAUAACACAACAAAUUGUAACAUCAAUUUAAAGGAUAGUCCAUGUCCAUCUCUUAAUCUAUGCAACUUUCACACAAUUUACAGUUCCACAUGUCACUAUGCAAUUUCUGAAAAAAUUAUUUCCAUCGAAUCGUUGUAUUGCUUAAUUAGUAAAUUGAAAGAAGAAAUAAUGCAAACAAAGGAUAAUUCAAAUAAAGAACAUAUUGAUCAAAUGAAAAAUAACCAUGGACAUAGUCCAAUGCAAAAUGAAAUUUCCAACCAAGAGGUUAACGUAAGACAUAAUAAUAGUGGCUUUAAUAACACUAGUAGAAAAGACAACAUUGAAUGGGAUUCAUUUCUUCCUUUCUUUGAACAAAAGCUACGCAUUAUUGAUGAACUGCGAAUUCUAGUUUAUUGCGAUUCCUUGUACGAAAUUGUAGACAGUACCAACUACAUUAAUGAAGUAGUCAAAUUAAUUAAUGAUGCAUGUAACAAUUAUAAAAGUGCUAUAAACGGAAAGGACGAUUUUGACAACCUCAAUGCAAAAAAAAAAUUUCAAACAAAUAUGAACCAGUUUAUGAAUUUAUACAUUAACAUACUGAAUGAUGCAAAGAGAAAAAUAAUGUUCUGUUGUGAUGGGGUUGUAUCAGUUGUAGUUCAUUACCUACUAUGGAAUUUAAUAAAUUAUAUUUUUAAUUUAAAUAACAUUGAAAUUGUCCACCAUAUCAGGAGUGAAGUGGCACCAAUAAUCGAUCCUAACAAUACCAACAACUCAGGGGGAAAUGAUUCUUCAUUCAAAAAUGAAAACCAAGUAAGAACAAAUCAGCAUGUACACACCACAGGUGCAAAUACAAAAGGGACAGAAGAGUCUAUAGCGAACCUCCAAAGGGAAACUAAAGUUUUGCCAUUUUGUAAUGAUGCAAAAUUUUCAGGAGCAAACCUUGUCAGUAAUAAUAAAUCUACUUUGCAUGGAGCAAUUAGACAAAAAGUUGGUUGUUCUACAGAUAGCGAUAACAGUAGCACCUAUUGUGGGGGUGCUACUGAAGACAUAAUAAAUACGUUGAAGUAUUUUUUUAACAAAAUUUCUAACUCCAUAAUUCAACAUAUAACAAAUUUGGAAAAUGAAAUAGAGAAGUACCUAAGUUCUAGUGAGGUUGACAAUGAUAGUAACUGUAACACGGAUAUACGCAACACGGUUUACAUGAAGCUUUACAAAGAUUUAAAAGAUUUUAAUACAGAAAGGCAUAAUUUUUACUAUAUUUUUCUUUCAAAAGGAAUGAAUUACUACGAUCAAUAUGUAGACCUACAUUUAUACAACUUAGAAAAACUCGAUCAAUUGAUUAAAUGUGCAAAUCCAGAUUUCUUCCAAUACAAACAUGUUCAUUCAGUUAUUUUGAAGUAUCAUUCUUGUAAGCUAGUGCCAGAGAGCUACGUUGCUCAAUACGAAAUGGGUAUCUUAAAGGAAAUACAAAGCAAAAUAAUAUCACGCACUGUGUAA